AUGUCUCACCUGCGAGUGCGCGUCGAGGGGCAGUCAUUCCGAGAUCCCCAAAAUCGAGAAGUCAUUCUGAGGGGGAUUAAUGUAGCAGGCGACGCGAAAUAUCCCCAAGUGCCAGAUCUGAGAUCCAAUGAUCCGGAAGUUUUUUUCGACGCGGAUGAUAUAUCGUUUGUUGGACGGCCGUUCCCUCUAGAUCGUGCCGACGACCACUUCCAGCGACUGCGAAAAUGGGGAUAUAACGCCAUUCGAUACAUUUUCACUUGGGAAGCUAUCGAACAUGCUGGGCCCGGUGUUUACGAUGAGGAAUGGGUGAAUUUCACGAUUGAAAUACUCCGUAUCGCGAAGAAGUAUCAAUUUUAUAUUUUCAUGGAUCCACAUCAAGAUGUGUGGUCCCGAUUGUCAGGAGGGUCAGGGGCACCUGCAUGGACUUUUUACGCAGCUGGACUGAACCCACGGUGUUUCAAAAAUACGGAAGCUGCCCUAUCUCAUCAUACCGCAGAAAGCCCCACCGAUUUCCCCAAGAUGCUCUGGUGCACAAAUUACUCAAGAUUGGCUUGUCAGACUAUGCUCACUUUGUUUUGGGCCGGCCGAGACUUCGCGCCAAAAGCCAUCAUUGAUGACAUGAAUAUCCAGGAUUUCUUACAAGGCCACUUUAUUGCGGCGUGCAAACAUCUCGCGCAGAAAAUCCACGAUGCAGGGGGCCUCGAACACGACGUGGUUAUCGGCUGGGAAAGCUUGAACGAACCCCAUAGGGGACUUGUUGGUAUUCAAGAUAUCUCGAAAGUUCCACAGGAGCAGCAUCUCCAGCUCGGGACAUCCCCAACCGCACUUCAGGGCAUGCUUCUUGGUGCCGGGAGGAGCUGCGAAGUCAAGUCAUGGCGAUUUGGAAGGCUUGGACCACGACAGACUGGUAAGAAGCUCAUUGACCCCAAGGGCGAAUCGGCAUGGCUACAAUCUGAGUGUAUCAAAUACGGCUGGCAGCGAGAUCCGAACUGGAAACUCGGCACCUGCCUCUGGGCGCAGCAUGGGGUUUGGGAUCCGACCAACAAUAUUCUGUUACAAAAGGACUACUUUUCGAAAAUCCCCGGCUCUCACGAAACGCUAAAUUAUCAGAGGUUCACCAAUACCUAUUUUCUCGUACAUUACAGAGCCUACCGAGAUGCGAUUCGCAGUGUGUGUGAGGGCACCAUCAUGUUCUGCCAACCUCCUGUCAUGGAAAUACCACCGAGCAUGAAAGGCACGCCGGAUGAUGAUCCCAAUAUGGUACAUGCUGUACAUUUUUACGAUGGUCUGACACUUUUGAGAAAGCACUGGAGUUGCUUUUUCAAUAUCGAUGUCAUUGGUAUACUUCGGGGCAAAUACGCCUUGAAGACGCUGGCGGUCAAAUUUGGCGAGAGGUCUAUUCGUAAUGGACUGCGGAAUCAGCUUGCAUUUAUCCGCGAUGAAAGUAUACGGAAUGUUGGUAAUCAUCCUCUCGUUUUUACAGAGAUUGGAAUCCCGUAUGAUCUUGACGAAAAAAAUGCCUAUGCAACCGGUGACUACGGCAGUCAAAUCAAAGCAAUGGACGCCAACCAUUUCGCUCUAGAAGGCAGCAGCGCCAAUGGAUUCACUUUGUGGGCCUAUAUGACAGAGAAUGAUCACGCAUGUGGCGAUCAAUGGAAUGGUGAAGACUUUUCGAUUUUCUCACAAGACGAUUUGGAAUUACCGGAGGGAAUUGCUUCGGCUUCCACGAGUUCAUAUUACCUGACGCACGCAGAGGAUUGUAUUACUGAGCAAGGCAAAACACACAACUCGUGUGUCGAAAACAUAGUGCCUUAG